CAUGGAUUAAAUAUUCAAUGUGUCUGUUGCAGCGUACCCCACACAAAGUCUCUCGAAGCACGAAUUAAGGAGGAACUAAUUGCUCAGGGUCUUCUAGAUUCUGAGGACCGACCUACUGAAGACUCUGAAGAUGAAGUUCUGGCAGAGCUGCGCAAGCGGCAGGCUGAGUUGAAAGCCAUCAGUACACACAAUCGAGCAAAGAAACAGGAACUUCUCAGACUUGCCAAAGAGGAGUUAAAAAAACAGGAGUUACGGCAACGAGUGAGAAUAGCGGACAAUGAAGUAAUGGAUGCUUUCCGAAAGAUCAUGGCAGCUCGCCAGAAGAAACGCACGCCUACAAAGAAAGAAAAGGAUCAAGCGUGGAAGGCACUGAAGGAGAGAGAGAGCAUUCUAAAGCUGUUGGACAGUUAAGCCCAAUUAUGUAAACAAGCUGGACGUCGUUACUUUUGAAAAAUUGGCUUAAUGUUCAUCUUUUCUUGAGUGGUGUGCUUCUGAACUGACAAAAGGAGCGAUAUUGAACCUUACCUGUUUUGAACUGUUGACAUUGCAUUCCAGCAGGCUGUCCCUGUCGUGGCCAACUAGUCUUGUUUGUAAAAAGUGGAAGUCUGUCUUUCAGAAAUCUGGAUGUUGUGCUUUGCUAGUUUGAUGUUUGCUGUAUGUGAAAGUAAUGUGUUUUGGCCAAGUAUUCAGAUAGUGUAGCAUUCCCUUGGCAGCUGUGCCAUUGCCAGUCCUUCCAAAUGUGAUGUUAAAACUGACACUGUAUAGCUUUCCAGAAAGAUUUUCUUUUCACUUGCAUCCCACACCCAACAAUGUUUUAUAGAAAUAUAUGUGGGGAUACCAUCAGGACUGAAAGUCUGUUUUCCCCCUUUCUCCUGCAAUGCUAUUCUUCUCCUUAAUUCCAAUCCAGCCAACCCGACAUACUGUUUGAUUUUGUUUCAAAUCUUUCUAUACUUGCCUCUGGGCCAUAUGAUACUAUGUGAAGAAGUAUUAAAAUACUGCCAAUUCCUUUUACAGAAAUAAAAUCCACUUAAGAUUUAUAAGCUGUGGGGUAGCAGGUACAAUUUAUGUCACUGACCAUAAGGGAUCGUGCCAGUUACAAAAGUUUCAGAUGUUUUGCCGUUCACUAUUGGGUAAACACUGUGCAAUGGCUUGUAGCUUCAGAGAUCAGGAUGACUGCAGGUACAUACUCCAGUGUUUGCUGGUUGUUCAGUUUAGCAGUGGUAACAGUGCUUAUUUGAGUUGAAUGCCACAGUUAGUAAUGCAAGGGAUUUUCUAUGCAGUUGGUGUUACCUGACAAACUUAGAUGUCUUCCAUGAUCAUUAAAUGCAAUUUUUCCAUUUGUUUUCAUUUUUAUUUUGUGUGGCAUGACCAUUCCACAGUUCCUUUGUUCAUACUAAGGGGAACUGUCUGAUGUACUCCUGUGCUCUGUCAUAUCCAUUGGCCUUUGGGAGAUUAACUGGAAAGUGGAUAGUAGGGGUUAGGUUCAAGUUCAAUAAUGAUAGCCCUUCUCCCUCCCAUUUUGUGGAUGAAGAUGGGAUCAGCUGCAAUGUCUCUACUCCUUUUGCUAAAUAGUGAUAAAGGUAGAAAGGACUUUUGUAGCACAGCAGCAGUGUUACUACUUCUUGAGACAGGAGGCCUGGCUUCAAUCUUACUUGCUCUGGAGGUGUGUCAUAACCAUAACUGAGCUGGUUGAUUUUUUUUAAAAAAAUCUACGAAAAUCCUUAAUCUGGACUCUGGAAUGAAACAUUUCCAUGUGGAGAAGGUAACAGUUGGACUGCAAAUAUACAUUGAAUCAUACCACAACAUGAAUCAUUAUAUAUAUAUAAAAGAAAUAAAGAAGUCAUGGAGGUUAAAAUUAACAUGAAAAAUUAAACAAUACUGAUGGAAAUGAAUUUUUCCAAAAAUGCAAUCAUAUUAUUGCAUUGUCACCUACAGUUUUAAAUAUAAAGUGAAAAGAACCAGAAGAAUUAUACUCCUAGACUCACCAAGGGUUUUUUUUUUGCACUGUUUUAAGUUAUCUUUUUGCAGCCUUGCUACGAUCGAACAUCGUUUUGAUAAUCCCAGUUGCAUAUUGUAACACAAGAUCUCUGAUCUCCUCUCCCAUUCAUCAGUCAGACACACUCUCCAAACCAACCCUUAAAGAGUUAGAAAUCAGAAUGAGAACCAUCCAAUGCUGAAUCCCCAGCUCAAUGCAUGUCCCCCACAUCAGAUGUCCUCAUGUUAAUUUAUGGAUUAAAGAUGAAACAAGUGUAAGUUUUAUCAUUUGUGGCAUUUAAUCCUCUUGGUCUACUGAUGAUUAACUGGUCCUGUAAUGAAUUUUCAAUAAAUGUCAACUUGAUUACUU